AUGGCGAAAUUCACGAGCCUUCGCGCGGCACUCAUUGCGUCUGUGUCCUUGUUGGCGAUCCUCACUCCCGUUCGGUCCCUCGUCCCCUACACGCGUCCCCAAUCCAUUUUGGACCUCGUGUUCCCGGCCGAGGAUCCUUUCCGGAUCCUCGAGCACUCCCCGCUCUCGAUCCCUAGGGUGAGCGCGCGCCUCGAGGACGGCGUGCUGAGGAUCAGCGUCCCGAAGCUGGCCGAGAAGGAGAAGAAGGAGCCGAAAGUGAUCAGUAUUGAGGAGAAAGGGAAUGACAACGGUGAUGUUAAGCCGACCAAGCAGGAACUCUAG